GUUCUGAAGAACGUAGUGGAAAGUGUGCAUAUUUCUAUCUUUUUAUGAAAAUAUUUCGGUAAAACAAAGAGUUUAUUUACUGAAACGGCGCAAGGUGCCUUUUGGAGGUUUAUUCUCGUUGCAGUUCAUCGUUUACAUAAAAAACGACUUAUUUGGUUCUAUAUAAAGUACAAAAGACCGUUAGUUACAUAAAAUCAGGAAAUUGGUGCGGACUUUAGUGAGAACCUGAUAUUUAUUUGAAAACAAUAAACAUUCUUAUUCAGUCCUUUUUCUACUAUUUAAUGGCUUUAUCAACACAAUAAGGUUAAUAAUUUUAUGAAUUAUGAAGUAGUAAAAAUCGGUUACAAAAAUGAAAAUUGAUCGUUCUCGUGUACGUAAAAGUACAUCAGAAGUUCCUUUGGAGUGCCAGCAACUUAUCGAAAGGUUGCAACAAUGUUCUCGCACAGAGUUAUUAGAUGAAUUAUCCAGGAUUCACUCUUGGACUUUUGGAAAAUGUGAAUUACUGCAUUGGGCUCAGGUUCUUGAUAUUUUUGAUCGUAUCUUGGGACAAGCUGCAGAAAGGAAUGAAGAAAACAAAUGGAUUCUAAAGUGUGAUACUUAUAAUGAACAGGAUUUCCAAUUGUUAAUCCAUAUUCUACGCUUUACUAGUUUGUUGAUAGAACACUCAUUUUCCCGACACCUGUACAAUUCUAUGGAACAUUUGUUAGGUUUAUUAGAAUCGAAUGAUAUGUCCGUUGUUUUAGAAGUAUUAAAUUUAUUGUACAUGUUCUCAAAACGAAGUAAUUUUAUCACAAGAUUAAAACCAGAUGAAAAAGAAUGUUUAUUAUCAAGACUUCAAUAUUUAUCUGAGAAUUGGGGUGGUAAAGAUAAUGGUUUUGGAUUGGCGGACUGUUGUGACGCGGAAAAAGAGAUACCUGCUUCUGCGACAACUUUACAUGUGGAAUUUCAUAGAGAAGACGAGUUAAAAUCCUCUAAAAGUGAGGUCAAAACUCAAGAUACCAAACUUGCUAAACCAAAUUUACACAUUAUACAUAUAGAGCAUAUUGAUAAAUUGCAUAAAACACCUGCUGAAAUCAUGAAACAACUUGUAUCAUUAUAUUAUGUGCCUCCUGAAAAAGAGAUGUGGCUAUUUACUCACGUGCGACUAGCAACUCAUUUUGCAGACUACAGAAAUCGUUUAAAAAGUGUCCAAGCCAGAUUACAGGCAUUAUCUGUGAUGGUUUAUUCAAAUGCUAUUGAAGACUCACCUUCUAAUCUUCUAUAUAACGGACUGUUAGAAGAAUUAGUUGAAGUGGUGGAAUUGCAAGACCCUCAGUUAACAGAUAUUAGGUGUGCAGCACUACGUACACUUACUGCUAUUAUACACCUUGAUAGAAAUCCACAUAUUCCCAAUUUUAUGUUUUCUUAUUUCAGCAGAAGACCUGGCUCCAGAUUGAAUAGCAUCAUUGAUGUUACUGGAGCAAGCCAAUAUCAUGGAUUUCUACCUGUAUUAGUUAGAAAUUGUAUAUCAUCACUUACCAAUCAAAUUGAUUUUGGGCAAACAGCUUUUAAGAAAAUGAAACUUCAAGAUGAAGUGACUACUGCCCUACAAGAUGAUUCUAGCUGUGAUUCUUCCAAAACAGCUACCUCAAGUAAUACCCAAGACAGUAAAGUUUCAGAAGCUGUUGUAAUGGAUUUUGAUAUGGAAGGUUCCACUCAGUUGCAAUUAUCUCAAAUGGAAACAAAGUUUCCAGUUAGCUUGACUACAGCUUUAUUUUCAUUUUUGUAUCAUUUGGCUAGUUAUGAAGCUGGAGGAGAAGCCUUGGUAUCCUGUGGAAUGAUGGAAUCUCUUUUACAAGUUAUAAAUUGGCAAGGAUUUGAAUUAGACCAUAUAACAUUUGUAACACGCGCAGUGCGUGUGAUUGAUUUGAUUACGAAUAUUGAUAUGGCAGCAUUUCAAACUCAUGGAGGUUUAUAUAGCUUUAUAAACAGAUUGGACACUGAAGUUAAUUUUUGUAACAAAGAUCAGCUUUACCAAAUUAAGACCAAUACUUCAGAACAUACAUUUGAAGAUAAUACUCCUGGAACUUCAGCUGUUGAUAAAGAAGAAGAACCGAUUUUAAUAGAUCUAGAUUAUGUAGCCGAUAAUGCUGGUAAAACGUGUCUUCCUCAACGUGCAGCUCUACUAAAAUCAAUGUUGAACUUCUUGAAGAAAGCAUUUCAAGAUUCUACAUUUGCUGAAAGUAUUAGACAUCUUAUGGAAGGCAGUUUACCGAAUUCUCUUAAAAAUAUUAUUGCUAAUGCAGAAUAUUAUGGUCCGUCCUUAUUUUUAUUAGCUACAGAUGUAGUGACAGUAUAUGUAUACCAAGAGCCAGCCUUAUUAUCAGCUCUUCAAGAUAAUGGUUUAACAGAUGUUGUACUUCAUUCAUUGUUGGUGAAAGAAGUGCCUGCCACUAGAGAAGUCUUAGGCUCUCUUCCAAAUGUGUUCAGUGCUUUGUGUUUGAAUAAUCGAGGAUUGGAAUCAUUUGCUAAAUUCAAACCUUUCGAAAAAUUGUUUAAUAUAUUACUAUCUCCCAAUUACUUACCUGCUAUGAGAAGGAGACGCAGUUCAGAGCCAAGUACUGAUACGGCAUCCAAUUUAGGCAAUGCCAUGGAUGAACUAAUGAGACAUCAACCCAGUCUCAGACAAGAUGCAACUUUAGCUAUAAUAAAGUUGUUGGACGAGCUCGUUCAUUUAGGAACUGAUCCUAAAUAUGUGUGUUGGAGAGCUCAUAGUAAAUCAGAAAUAUCUCCUUCUGUAAUAUCUAGAUCCAAUACCGGAAAUACCGAAGGCUCUUCUGAUGAAGAGGAAGAUGACGAAGAGGAAACAUCAACUUCAUCUCAAAAUGCCCAUUCUGAAAGUCAAGCUCAAGCUAACAGUGAAAGAACGCCCAUAGCUUUGAUCGACUACAUCUUGAACGCCAUGAAGUUCAUAGACUCCAUUUUAAGUAACAAUUCUACAGAUGAUCACUGCAGAGAAUUUGUAGAAAAAGGAGGACUUAUUCCUUUAAUGAAAAUACUUGGAUUGCCAAAUUUACCUGUCGAUUGUCCAGCGACUAUUCCUGCUCAAGCAGUUGCUUCAGUUUGUAAAAGUAUAUUAAACCUUGCACAUGAACCUUUCCUAUUUGCACAAGGCCUUAAUCAAUUAGCUGGAGUACUGGAAUUACUCAAACCCCUAUAUGAAAAACAGGAAGUACCAGGUGGAUCAAAACUGCUCCUUGAAUUAGCGAAUGCCACUGAUAUAGAAACUGCUUUUAGUACAGCAUCAGCAACACCACUUCUGCAUGCCAUGGGAGCCGCCCAUGGAUAUGUCAUAAUGUUUGUUCAUAUUUGUCGCACAGGACAAACAGAAAUUAGAAAUCUUUCUCUUCAGCAUUGGGGCUCAGAAGUUGGACUCAAAGUUCUGAAAGGGCUCGCCAAUUUAUAUACAUCAUUAGUGUGGGAGAGCACACUUUUAUUGGCAUAUUGUAGUGAUGAUUUAUUGCCAUCCGACUGUGACUUUACAAGAGAAGAUAUUGAAAAGCUGAACGCAUUUUUUGAUAGGUGUGAAGGGAACUCAUCAUUAGAACCCGGAGGUUCAACUUCCAUGACUAGUGCAGCAUUAGAUGUAUUAGGCUCUAACAAUCCAAUAUCUAUGGACUUAGAUGGAGAAUCCAGCUCUAGUACAACCAAACCCGAUCGUAACCUCAAAUAUAUAAAACCUCUUUUAGGCGCUUCCUCUCGGUUGGGUAGAGCUUUAGCUGAAUUAUUUGGCCUACUUGUUAAAUUAUGCGUUGGUUCGCCUAUAAGACAAAGAAGGGGGCAAACUAUUAUAGCUGCUCCACCUAUACCUUCUUUGUAUGCUAGAAACGUAGCUACUGCCUUGAAUGUCCUUUUGGCUGAGGGUUUAGAUUGUGAUAAACUACCUCCUUGUCCAACUGCAAAAUGCAGGCUCACCUUCUUGAUUUGCAGUGUUGGCUUUACAAGUCCAAUGCUUUUUGAUGAAAGACGUUACCCUUAUCAUCUAAUGCUUAAAAAAUUUGUUAGCCUCGGAGGGCAAACAAUAUUUUUCAAGACAUUUAAAUGGGCUUUAACAUCAGGAAAUUUACAUUCUUUGGAAGACAUUGAAUACUCCAAUUUGCCAGAAGGUACAAUUGGAUUCUUGGAUGCUUGGCUGUCUCUUCUUGAGAAGAUGGUGAAUCCAAAAGCUAUAUUUGAAUCACCCCAUACCAUUUCGAAUCGCCCGUCUCAUUCUUACAGUUUUGAUCCAUUAAAAUACUUAAUACAAAUCCAUAAAUUAGCCUUUGAAAGUGUAAUGCUACUUUGGGGGAAAACUCCUUUAGCUUCAUAUGGUGCUAGAACUACAGAAACUUUAUUAACAAUACUCAGACAUAUAUUUAGAGGUGAAAAGAUUAUAAAGGAAAAAAUGAAAGCAGAUGAAAACAAAACAGAAUCUACUAAUACCUCUUCCAGUUCCGGUACUGCUGUUACUGCUGCUGGAUCUUCAACCUCCUCAUUUAGAGACCUAGAUGAUAAUUUGAGACAACUAGUAGAUAUGGGAUUCUCUAGAGAACAUGCUAUUGAAGCUCUGCUUCACUCCAAUAAUUUAGAACAAGCCACAGAUUACUUACUUUCAAAUCCUCCUCAGUUACCCAGAUCAGGAGCUGCCAUUGCUAUGGAAGUAGAAUCUGAAGAUGACCAAGUAAUGCAAGCUAUUGCUAUUUCAUUAGGAUGCAACUCUACUACCUCAGACACAAAAAAAGAUGCAGCUGAAGAACAGGAUCAAUCAUUUGAGAGUAUGAUAACCGAAUUCACUUACCACGCAUUAGAUGUUUGUCUAAAACUAUUAGAGGUCCUACCAGAGACAGUUCACAAAGUGUGUGAACUUCUUGUUACCAUUAUGAAAAGAAAUGGACGAGCUUACAGAGAUAGCCUUUUGGGAACGUUAAUACUAGAAAUCCAAAAAUGUGCCGCAUCUAUUUAUUUUGUUGCAUUCCAAGGAGAGUCGAAUGUAAUGAGCUAUUACACUUUGGCAGAAUCUAAACAAGCAAAGAAGUUAACCAAUUAUGUACAUCUGUUUAUCCUUUUCUUUGAAGUCUCAUCAUACUUCGAAAUGAAAAUACCAUGUGGCGACUGUUUAAAUAGAUCCAACAUGGUUGAACCUAUGAUAGAUUUAGUUUGCAAAGCUAUCAAAAUGAUUAUUGAUUUAAAAGCCAGUUAUGAGCCCAAAUGGUUGGCCCCUUGCUUUUUAUUACUGGAUGCUGUUUCUAAAGUAGCAACAUGCACUUCAAGAAAGCAAGACAUGCACAAAGCAACUAAUCGUGUUUGGAGAUGGUAUGACUUGGUUACAGGAAAAUGGGCUCAUUAUUCCAAUAGUAACAAUAAACUAAUUAAUGAAGCUUACUGGAAUGGAGAACAAAGUAUAAGAGUUACAUGUGGCAGAAAAAGAUAUACAGUUACCUUUGCUAGUAUGUUGCAAAUGAAUGAUGAGACCGGAAAUAACAGACCAAUUUCAAUGACUCUUAUGACUUUGACACACCCAAGUUGUACAGAUAUCAAUAGAUCAGAUGUUGAAACACUACAUUCAAAAUUAACUGACAAAGAGGAAAAAAGAUGUACACCCAUACCAGGUCUAAAAUUUGAGUUGAGAAAAGAAAUCGUUAAGGCCUGUGUCAGUUUAAUGCACUUGCCUAUAGAAAAAAACUUGUUACAUUCAGUCCUUCAAAUUUGUGUACGAUUUACUAGAGAUUUUGAAAUCGCCAAAGUUUUUGUUGAAGAAGGAGGUGUCAAAUGUUUACUCAAAAUGAGACAGAUUAAUGAUUUUGGAGGAUUUGGAAUAUUAGCUACAAUUCUUAUUAGACAUGCUCUAGAAGAACCAAAUACAUUGAAAUAUGCUAUGGAAAAAGUAAUCAGAGGAAGAACUUUGGCUACAAUUCCUCCUCCAUACAAAGAUUUAGUUUAUUUGAUGAGACAAAUAGGCGGGGCUGUUACUCGCGAUCCACAGGCAUUUUUUGAAGUAGCUAAUUCUAUUAUUAGAGUAGAUAUAACAGCUGCUAAAGGAGAACCACCUGAGAGUACUUUGCCCUUGAAAGUAGAACCACCUUCUCGUACUAAAGCUCCUCCUUUGGAAGAACCUGUUUCUGUGGAAGUAAUUUCAGAUUUACUAGAAGCUCUUUUAAAACCAUUAGAAGAUGAUAAAGCUGUAGACGGUUCUCCCGAGCAAGAAAAAUCUGCAGAACAGGAAAUAAACGCAGAUGAUAUUUCACCUUCAACAAAUAUCCAAGCCACAGAAACUAAUGAUGGUGGAAUUGAGGAAGCAGGUUUUCUUAGAAAGAAUGAAAAUAACACUAAAAAACCAAUGUUGCCUAAAUCUGUAAUAUUAAAAAUUUUAGCAGACGCCGUUGUGUCAUUUGGACCCAUAGCUAAACUAAUUACAGAGUAUAAAUAUAAACCUGAUGAGUCUGGCAUUAUAACAGAAGAAACUUCAGCUUUGGCAUUUAUUUUCGAUAAAAUAUUAACUGGCGCAGACAAUAUUUCUGAUUUGGAUUGUGCUACAAUGUGUAGAAUGUUAAUUGCAGCAUUAGCUUCAUCUAACCAUUCCCCCGAAGCUCAGAUCACUCUAGUGUCAGAAGUAAAAGUAGCUUUAACUAGGGCAUUGUACUUACCAGAGUCCUUGAAGAAACAUAGCCAAGUACAAAAUAUCUGUGGAAUAAUUUCAAACAUGAUUGACAAUUGCCCUCUACCCCAUGCAAACAGAUGGACAAAUUGUAGUAUUAAUAACAUUGUUAAACUAAUGAUGAGGCGAGGAGUCUUCAAUGAUUUAGCCAAAAUUACUCAUUACUUAGAUUUAUCUUCACCAAAUACUUCAUUUACUGCAAACGCGGCAUUGAAGCCAUUAGAGUCAUUAUCAAGAACUAUAAAUCAGCCGGCUGCUAAUUCCAAUAACAGUAAAUCUAGAAAGAGUCAACAAUCUACAGAUGAUACUGCUAAUACCCACAACGCAACUUCAGCAGAAGGAACAAAUGCUCAUGGUGAAGAAAUAGAAGAUUCAGAGAAUACAGACCAUGAUAUUUCUGGUGUGGUUAGGUCUAGCCUUGAAACUAAUGCUGUUGGUGGUGGUGAACUCGGCAACACUCUUGAAGAAAUGAUGGAACACAUUUUAGAUCAUAGAAAUAAUGAUAGCGGCCAAGGUUAUAAUGAUGUACCAACUACAAUAGGUGGCAAUAUGGAAAUUGAUGAGGAAUGUCCACUUGGAUAUGAAGAUGUAAGAGAUGCAGCGGAGGAAUUGAUGAGCACUGAUUCUGGUGAAUCUGACUCCAAUCCUUCAGAUCAAGUAGACGACGAAGGCAAUGAUGAUAAUGAAGGGGAUGAUGAUAAUAUUGAUGACACCGAAGAAAACGAAGAUAAUAAUUACGAUGAAGACGAUAAUAAUGAAAGAGAGAUAAGAAGAGAAGGAGGCUCUGGAAUGUUCAGAAUUGCCACAGCUACAGAUAGAGAUGAAGAUAUACUUAUGAUACAGUAUGAUGCUGAUUUUGAGAAUGCUCUUCCUAGGAUGAUUCGUUGGAAUGAAAAUGGUUUUGCCGUGCCUAUUUUGGAUGAAAACAACCCGAAUGAUCAUACAGCUAUUACACAUCCCCUAUUAAUGUCUCGAAAUACAAUGGAUAACAAUCCAAGUGCAAUAAGUCGUAAUCAAAGAACUAAUCGCCCAAGAAGAUACCAGUACUUAUUCAGCCCUAGAAACCCGAAUCCACCUGUUAUUCUACAAAGUAUCCGUAGGCUCCUUGGACCACACGACCCUCACAUGGCCAAUAUGAUGUCAGCUAAUAAUUUGCUUAGUGGUCCGACAGAAAUUAGAGAAUCUGCUAGAGUGGUGGUCAUGGACAACUUUGGUAUUAUACCAUCAAAUGAAGAGCAAAUAGAUUUUGUUGAUCAGUCUGGCUAUCUUUUUGGACCUAGUUUAGCAGCAACUUUGAGUCACAUACCACCUGUUUUGCAUUGGUGGAAUAUUGAAUCAAAAUUACUUGAUUUGGAAUCUGUCUAUGAUUGUACAACAUAUAUUUGUAACAAACUCGUUCCUAAUUUAAUUAAAUAUAGAAAUGAAGAACUAAGAAAUAAGAAAGUUAAAGAUGAUGAAGAUAACUCCAAAAAACGCAAGCAACAGAAAAAUGAUCCAGAAAAUCAAGACGAUUAUAGUCCAGAAACUGUCCUCUUCAACUAUGAACAGAACAAAGAAAGUGAAGAAGACAUUGAUGGGGUUCCUCUUGCCACCACUGAUACUGAUCCUCCCAAUAGAGAAGAAGAAGAUGAAGAUAUUGACGGAGUUCCGAUAGAAUCGUCAGAUACUUCCAAUGAUAGAUCAGAAAGCAAUACCCAUAAUGAAGAUAUUAUUCUCUCACCUUUGCAGCUUAGCUUUGUCAGAGGGUCAAGUGAAAACUCUCAGAGUAGUAUCCCAGAAACAACUCACAAUGCAGCUGUACAAACAACAGAAAAUAUAACUAGAAGUGCAGACGAUUCAAAUAGUAGAGCGGAAUCUGAAGUAAGAACUGAAAGUGAAUCUUCAAACCCAUUUGAGUUAUCGCUACCUUCAUAUAUUGGAUCUAGGUGUAAUAUUAUAUUUGCUAGACCCAACCAGUCACCUGAUAGACCUGAAGAGGAAUCUCAAUCAAAUAGUGAAACUGGGAGAACUGAAUUUGCAAGAAGUAUUGCAGCUACUGCUCCGAAUCCAUUGAGAGCAAUUUUUGAAGAAGCUUUGAAUCAACAAAUUGACGUUAUAGCUGAACAAGCCGUUGAACAAACCUUGUAUGCUAGAAGGGAACGAGAAGAACGUGAAGCAAGAGAAAGAGACAAUGAAGUAAAUAGAGAUGAAAGUACUAUUCCAGCCACUUCCACCGAAAAUAAUUCAAGUGCCACAUGUGCCCAAGACAAUUCGCGAGGCAUAGAAUCAGGAGAAGCAAUAAACACAGAACCGUCUGCUGUAGCAGGCGCGGCUGGUCCUAGUACAUCUAAUGAUGAUGAAAUCCCAGAAGGAGUGGAUCCUUCUUUCUUAGAAGCUCUACCGCCAGAAAUGAGAAGAGAAGUUUUGGAACAACACCGUAUUCUCUGUAUUCAACAACGUAUCGCUGCUAAUGCAAAUAAUACAACAGGAGAACAACAAGAUGAGGCUACCAUUUCUAAUGAAGUAAGCCCGGAAUUUUUAGCAGCUCUACCUCCAGCCUUGCAAGAAGAAGUCUUGACACAGCAAAGAUUAGAACAACAGCGUCAAGCUGCAGCUAGAGCUAAUCCCAACGAACCAGUUGAUGCAGGAGCUUUCUUUGAAACAUUACAACCUUCUCUAAGGACUAUGAUAUUAUCAGACAUGGAAGAUUCCCAGAUGUCUGCGUUGCCACCAGAUUUAGCUGCCGAAGCACAAACUUUACGCAGAGAUUGGUAUGCAAGAAAUAGGCAAAUGGCACAAGAAAGGUUUUUACAAAGCAACCUAGGUACAAUUUAUAGACAUUCGAGGGGAAGGCAAACAUACAGACCAAAUAAUUUCCAAAGGGGAGGGUGGACUCAAUGGAGUAGAGAUUUUAUGAAUAAUCCAGUCGCUUCCAACUCUCCAUUAAAAAUAAAAGGUCGUCAAUUAUUAGAUCAUGAAGGCUUGGCCUGCUUAUUAGUUUUACUUUUUACUGAUGACACACACCUGAAUAAACUUAGAUUGCACAGGGUUAUAAGGAAUUUAUGUUAUCACGCCCCUACCAGGGAGUGGAUUAUUAAUGCUCUUCUUAGCAUAAUAGAAAAGAGUGUUAACAUCCAACCAGAUGAUAAUUUAAAUAAGCCUGCCAGAAAAGGGCCACGCCCUGGACCUCUCACUAGCAAGUUACUUACAGAUGCCAAACAUUUGCAAAAUGGAGGCAAUUGGCUAACAAUCAGAAUGGAAGCGGCUUUAGGUUGUGCAGCUAAUGUUUUUAUUGUAAAUAAACUUGUAGGAAAGAAAUGUGAUAAGUCAAAUGGAUCCACAGUCAUAAGUAUUCAUCCUCAAGCAGCUCCCAUAGUCUGCAGAAAUACGUUAGACCUAUUCACUUCUUUGGCUAAAGCUUUCCCAUCUUGUUUGCUACCAAUUAAAUCAAUAAGAGAUGAUACCGAAAAAGCCCCAAUAACUCCCGUUAAAGUGAAACCUGACUCAUCUUCUGACUUUUGGGAUGUUCUUCUUCGCUUAGAUUCAGCUACAAAGAAGGGUAAAAGCAUCCAAAAAACCAUGUGUACCAGUAGCUCAGAUUCAGAGGGUCCGAUUCAAUUUGAGAACACAGUCUUUGGAAAAUUAUUGAACAUGCUAGCUUCCCCAGUGGUUAAUAGAAAUACACAGCUUACAGACAAUUUGUUAAAACUCCUUUCAGUCACAACAUCUGGCAUGCCAGAAUUAGUUAAACCAAGUAAAUCAAGUAAAACGAAAGUGCAAUUGGCCGACAUAGCUAAUAAUCCGCCUACACAUGCUUUGAACUUAGCUGUCAAUGUCAUUACUUACAAAAAUUGCUCAGAGGAAGGUCUAGAAUUUAUAACAAAUUUACUUCUAAAUUUGGCUAAUUCGUCCUUGGAUAUGAGUUUCAUAAUACUUAAUCUUCUAUUAAAUGGAGCUAUUGAAAUUGGCAACAUUGUUGAAGGUCAAAUUCAUAAUAUGUUGAGAGAUCUAAAAGACUUAAUUAACAAUGCACAGAAGAGGAAGCUUGAUGAUGGCCCUUCUACUUCUAAAGGUGUUAUAUGCAAUAGAUUUACGAAUGAACAAGUAGUUAUAACGGCAUCGUCCAAAGUCAAAACUUCUUGUGAACUUCAGUUGCCUUCAAUGGUCCCUUUAACCUCGAAAUCUUCAAGUCAAGUAUUUUUCUUGAGGGUGCUAAGAGUUAUAGUUCAAAUAAGGAAUUCAAUCAAGCAGAAUUUGAAGAGAGAGUCAGCAGUUUAUGAACUACCUGCACUCAGCGAGCAACUGAGUAGUUUAAGUAGUUUUUGGGAGACUUUGAGCCAAUGUCUUUCUGAGUUGGAACAUGCGCCAGACCAUCAUGCCGUCCUAGUUUUACAGCCUGCUGUGGAAGCAUUUUUCCUAGUACAUUCUCCACAACAAGGUCCCAUAAAAUCAAAAGAAAAGGAUACCAAAGAACAGGAGAUGGAAGAAAUCAAUCAAGAAUCUAUUGAAACCCAGAAUAAUUCAUCAGCUACAGAUACUCCCGCUCCAACAUCAGCCCGGCCUAAUCCCGAACAGUCUCCAAAACCGGCUACCGAUGCCGCUACUUUAGAUUUUGAGAAAUUUUCAGAAGUAUCGACUAAAACUGUAGUUACACUCGAGCAACAACAAUUUCUCGCUUUUGCCGAGAAACAUCGUACUGUUUUAAACCAAAUACUAAGACAAAGUACGGCUCAUUUGGCAGAUGGACCAUUUGCCGUACUUGUCGAUCAUACGAGAAUUUUGGACUUUGAUAUUAAACGCAGAUACUUUAGAACAGAAUUAGAGAGGUUAGAUCAUGGAACAAGAAGGGAAGAGACUGCAGUACAUGUUAGGAGAAGUAACAUAUUUGAAGACUCAUUUAGGGAGUUAUUCAGAAGACCUCCAGAAGAAUGGAAGAAUAGAUUCUACAUUGUAUUUGAAGAUGAAGAAGGACAAGAUGCUGGUGGAUUAUUAAGGGAAUGGUAUGUUAUUAUAUCUAGAGAUAUUUUCAACCCAAUGUAUGCUCUGUUCACUGUAUCCCCUGGUGAUCGGGUAACAUAUAUGAUCAAUUCAGCGAGUCACUACAAUUCCAACCAUUUAUGCUAUUACAAAUUUGUUGGGCGAGUAAUUGCUAAAGCAAUCUAUGACAACAAACUAUUGGAAUGUUAUUUCACUCGUUCUUUCUACAAGCAUAUACUGGGUAUUUCAGUUAAGUAUACUGAUAUGGAAAGUGAAGAUUACAGUUUCUAUAGAGGUUUAGUAUAUCUAAUGGAAAAUAAUAUAAACAAUUUAGGAUUAGAUUUAACAUUUAGCACAGAAAUCAGCGAAUUUGGAGUUACAGAAACGAGAGAUUUGAUACCUAAUGGUAGACACAUCCCAGUAACAGAAGAAAACAAAAUGGAAUACGUCAGGCUUGUUUGUCAAAUGAAAAUGACAGGAGCUAUUAAACAACAACUUAAUUCCUUCCUAGAAGGUUUUUAUGACAUAAUACCAAUGCGUUUAAUUUCUAUUUUUAAUGAACAGGAAUUAGAAUUACUAAUAUCAGGAUUACCUAAUGUAGAUAUAGAUGAUCUGAAAGCUAAUACUGAAUAUCAUAAAUAUCAGACUAAUUCAUUGCAGAUCCAAUGGUUCUGGAGAGCAUUGAGAUCAUUUGAUCAGGCUGAUCGCGCUAAAUUCCUUCAGUUUGUCACUGGAACAUCAAAAGUACCUCUUCAAGGUUUUGGAGCACUAGAAGGAAUGAAUGGUGUUCAGAAAUUUCAAAUACAUAGAGAUGAUAGAUCCACUGACAGGUUACCAUCAGCCCACACUUGUUUCAAUCAGUUAGAUCUGCCUGUGUACGAAACAUACGACAAGCUGCGGGCGUACCUAUUGAAGGCCAUUCACGAGUGUUCUGAAGGUUUUGGCUUCGCUUAAAUAAUCCUUUUUGAUGUUUAAGACUGAUGUGUUAAUUUCUGUUUAUAUCACCUAGAGUAGAUUUCUGUAAAUAAACGUAUUCUAUGUUAAGUGUACAGACUGACAGUGUAAAAAAGUUUUAUUUUAAUUUUCUAUACACACUGCAAAAUUUUAGUUAACAGUGGGUCAAAAGCUUGAAUUUACAAUUACAAGUUUCUUUGUAAAUUACAUUUAUAGGAAGGCACAUGUAUUUUUGUAAAGGGCCUGAAGGCAAUUCGAGUGUGAUAAAUUGAAUUUGAUAGUCAGAUUCAAAAUAUAUAUUUUAAUUUUAUUUUUAGUCUUGUUAUCAUGUAAGACCAUAAUUUUUUGUACAUGCGUCUGUUGAAUAUCUUAAAAAAAAUCUUUAUUUUAUAGUAUUUUUCUUUUUCUGGCAAAUAGUCAAAUUGUAUUGAAAAUUUGUGAUUAUAAAAUAAUAAAUGUUUUUAUCAACCA